GCGCCGACAUGUUGGUUACUGUGGGACCGCUGAAGAGGAGCCGAGAGGAGGCACGCGCCCCAGGAAGUGUGCGUUGCCGAGGCCCUUCUAACUACGCGAGCGCCAUGGACGUGAAGAAGCUCAAAGUGAACGAGCUGAGGGAAGAGCUGCAGCGCCGGGGUCUGGACGCCCGCGGCCUUAAGGCCGAUCUGGCGGAGCGCCUGCAGGCGGCGCUGGAGGACGAGGAGGAGGUGGAGGCGGCGGCGGCCGCAGGCGGAGGUGUCGCUCCGCCGCUGGACGCGGUGGAGGCCGAGCGCACAGCCGGAGGGGGAGCCGGAGAGCAGCGCUUCGGUACUUGCCAGUAUGCAGAUGAUGAUGAUGAGGAGGAAGACGAGCAGCUGGAUGAGGAGAACAGGGAAGGUGGAGACCCGGAGGGAGAGGAGGCGUGUGGCGUUGGUGCCGUCGUGACGGAUUUUUCUUCAGAAGGUGAUGAGCAGAAGCCAGAAAUGGUGAAAGACUUUGGCGUUAGAGAGUUUCAUGAGUCAGCUGAUGACAAGUCAGGGUUUGAGCUACAGACAGGGUUGAAAGAGGAGAAACCUCAUGAGCUGGAUGAGCAGCGGAUGGAGCCGACCAACGAAUGGGAGGCACUGGAGGCUAGCCAGGCCAGCCUGGACAGCAGGGCAAUACAUUAUGAUCGCAAGAGGCCCUACGACGAGCCCAGAGGGCAUGGCUACUAUGAGUAUCGUGAAGAUAAGAGGUCCCGGUCACCCCAGCCUCCCGCAGAAGAAGAAGAGGAGGACUUUGAUGAUACCCUUGUGGCGAUUGACACAUAUAACUGCGACUUACACUUCAAAGUUUCCCGUGACCGGUACAGCGGCUAUCCUCUAACCAUUGAGGGCUUUGCCUACCUCUGGGCCGGAGCUCGAGCUUCUUACGGUGUCAAAAGUGGGCGUGUCUGUUUUGAGAUGAAGAUCAAUGAGGAAAUCUCAGUGAAGCACUUGCCAAGCAGCGAGCCAGACCCUCACGUGGUCCGAGUGGGCUGGUCCCUGGACUCCUGUAGUACACAGCUUGGUGAGGAGGCAUUUUCCUAUGGAUGUGGAGGAACAGGGAAGAAAUCGUCAAGCUGCAAAUUCGAGGAUUACGGGGAAAAGUUUGGCGAGAACGACGUCAUUGGCUGCUUUGUGGACUUUGAGAGUAGCGAGGAGGUGGAAAUGUCCUUCUCCAAGAAUGGGAAGUGGCUCGGCGUUGCCUUCUCUGUUGCAAAAGAGCAGCUUGCUGGCCGAGCACUUUUCCCACAUGUCCUCGUCAAGAACUGUGCCAUUGAAUUCAAUUUCGGCCAGAAAGAUGAGGCCUACUUUCCGCCACUGGAGCAGUACACCUUCAUCCAGAAUGUCAAGCUGGAGGAACGGAACAGGGGCACUGUGGGACCUACUUGUAAAUCUGACUGUGAGAUCCUGAUGAUGGUUGGCUUGCCAGCAUCAGGCAAAACCACAUGGGCUAUGAAGCAUGCAAAGGAAAACCCAGAGAAGAAAUACAACAUCCUGGGGACAAAUGCCAUCAUGGAAAAAAUGAAGGUAAUGGGACUCCGGCGUCAGCGGAACUAUGCUGGUCGCUGGGACAUUCUGAUCCAGCAGGCCACCCAGUGCCUGAACAGACUUAUUCAGAUUGCAGCACGCAAGAAGCGCAACUAUAUCCUGGACCAGACAAAUGUAUAUGGAUCAGCCCAGAGACGAAAAAUGCGUCCUUUUGAAGGUUUUCAACGCAAAGCUAUUGUAAUUUGUCCCACGGAUGAGGACUUAAAAGAGCGAACUUUAAAGCAAACCAGCGAGGAAGGGAAGGAUGUACCAGAUCACGCUGUCUUAGAGAUGAAAGCCAACUUUGUACUUCCUGAAGUUGGAGACUUCCUGGAUGAGGUGAUCUUCAUAGAGCUGGAGCAUGAGGAGGCUGAUAAGCUGGUGAAGCAGUACAAUGAGGAGGGUCGCAAGGCUGGGCCGCCACCAGACAAACGCUAUGACAACCGGCAGGGUGGCUUCCGGGGACGUGGUGGGUACCAGCGCUUCGACAACCGCAGUGGCUCUCGCGGGAGUUACCAGAAUCGUGGUGGGGGCGGUGGCUUCCGAGGAGGGUACAACCAUGGAGGGUUCAGUCAGAAUCGCUGGGGGGUCAAUCACAGGGAGAGUGGGUCUGGGGGACGUGGUGGCUAUAACCGCAACCACCAGUCUGGAGGUGGCUACAGUCGCCAAGGUCCUUACAACAAGGGAGGCUACAGUCAGUCACAAAUGCAGGACUAUAGUCAAGGCUACAAUCAAGGCUAUGAUCAUGGUGGGUAUAACCAGGGUUACAAUUAUGGCAGUUACAGCCAAUACCCUGGGUAUGGGCAAGGCUACAGUGAGACCUCAGCCAGUGGGCAGAGCUACAACCAGCAGCAGAACUAUAGCCAGCAAUACCAACAGUAUGCACAGCAGUGGCAGCAGUAUUAUCAGAACCAGAACCAGUGGAACCAGUACUACGGCCAAUAUGGCAACUACUCUGGGCAAGGCUCCCAGGGCUCACAGGGAGCACAAGGCACACAGUAGCAGAGUUUCCAGCUUUUCAGUUCUAGCAGCCUCUUGGGCUCAGCUCAACUCAUUGGAUCUCAUCACAGAUGCACCCAUGCCUCUCUGCUCUCUUACUGAAACUCAUUUGAACUCUUCCCUCAUCCUGACCAGUCCUACUCUCAUGGGGGUGUAUCAUACAGAUUGAUUCUCUAAGGAAGGGUGAUAAAUUGCAGAACUUGUGGGCGAAAUUCUAGCAGGUUUUACACUGAGCGUACCCAGGCUUGUAUCCAAAAACUACAGAACUAAUAACCUAUCUUUCAGAUAAUUAAGGCCCAUGAUAUUACAGCAAUCAAACAAAAGCAGCAUAGCCCUUUGCCCUUAAACUGGCAUUGCCUGCUAAACCUCUAAGAUGGCAUGGAUGGGAUUGCUGGGAUGACAGUGGAGUUGUUUGGUACACCGAGGGCAGAUCUUUAAAGAACAGUCCUUAUUUAUCACAAAACUUUCCAUCUUGGUUUGCUUUUACAUUUUAGUGAGAACUGAAUUAUUUAUGCUUUGUUAAUAGAUUAUUAUUUAAGGGGUUGGUUACAGGUUUUUUUUCCUUCCCUCUCUCUGCAGCAAAGGUCUUCCUGUAGAGCUUAUGAGAUCUGUUUCUGUAUCUUCAUAAACAUUGGUCUAGAUAACUGCUAAUUGGAUAUGCAUAAUGUUUACUUUUUAGAUUUAUUAAAAUGAACAUGUGAGGAGACCCCUUUUAACUUGUGUUUUUUGUGAAAACGUGAACCCUGUUUGUGUCUAUAAAUUUUAAGAGCAAACUGACCCAUGGCGUGAAUUUUUCUUUAGUAAUUUACCAUUUUUAAAGCUUUUAAAAUUUGACAGCGUGACCUGAUUCCCGCUUGUUGGUUGUUUUCUUCAUUUGUCAGUUUUGUGUGCCUUUCAUUGUGCCGCCUUUUAUUUAGUGUUACAUUGUCUGUAACUGCUCCUUUGCUCUGUAAAAUCAGACACUUUAUAUAAAAAUUUUUUGCAUAACCAUUCGGAUUCAGUGACCACUUCCACAUCAUCAGACUUAGCCUCAGAUCGUG